CUGCAGUCUCAGAUCCGGUCUCAGUCAAAGUUCUCAUCUUCUCUCAUCUUCUCUCUUAGUUCCGAUGAGCCCAGGAGUGUUAGCCAUGAUCAAAUCUUGGUUCCGAAGGGAAUUCCUCACUCCCAGGCGUCUUUUUUUCAAUGUCCUUUUCUACGGCACUCAAUUGGCUAUAUUUGCUGUGGGCUGGUACCUGCAGGAAACUGACAAACGGUUGGCUGCGCUUAACCAACUAACCUACUCAGUUUGGGUUUCUCGGGGUGCAGGGUUGACUCUUGCCUUCGAUGCCGGCCUUCUGCUCAUACCGAUGCUGCGCAAUGUCAUCCGCGUCGUCCGCCCCAAGCUCAGAUGGCUAUUGCCUAUAGAUGAAAAUAUCUGGUUUCAUCGCCAGGUCGCCUAUUCCUUAGCAUUCUGGGCAAUGGUGCAUACUACCGCACACUAUGUCAACUUCUUCAACGUCGAGCGAACGCAGGUUCGUCGCCUGUCUGCCCUAGAUAUCCACUACACCCAAGCGGGUGGUAUCACUGGCCAUUUCAUGCUGUUCAUCAUGCUGUUGAUGUACACCACUGCUCACCACAAAAUUCGCCACCAGUGCUUCGAAGCCUUCUGGUACACUCAUCAUCUGGCAUUCUUCUUUUUCCUUGCGCUUUACUCACACGCAACUGGGUGCUUUGUCCGCGAUUCUGUGCAACCGGACUACAUCAAGUCUUUUCCUUUUUACUCAACUCAGCACUGCCUUGGCUAUGAGAGCUGGAGGUUCAUUAUUUGGCCUGGAAUCGCAUACUUUGUUGAGAGGAUAUAUCGCGAGUAUCGUGCCAGGAGAGAAACAACACUAUCUAAGGUGCUCGUGCACCCGAGCGGCGCCAUGGAACUACGGAUAAUCAAGCCUGACUUCAAGUACACUGCCGGCCAGUGGCUUUUCCUCCAAGUCCCCGAAUUAUCUAGAUGGCAAUGGCACCCUUUCACCAUAACCUCCGCGCCUGAAGACCCAUACGUAUCUGUUCAUAUUCGUCAAGUAGGUGACUGGACUCAGGCCCUCGGCGAGCGCCUUGGAUGUGGUCCGCCAGUUGUUGCUGCAAUGACAAAGGUAGCUAUGGACGGAGUCGAGAAAGAGGACGGGUUCACAGGAACUCGCCGCGACUUCGUUGAGUUAGACACAGACUCUGUCACUCGUCCUUCGCCUCGUGUCCGUAUUGACGGCCCAUAUGGUGCGCCUGCAGAGGACGUAUUUGAUAACGAAGUGGCCAUUCUGAUUGGUGCGGGAAUUGGAGUCACGCCGUUUGCCUCGAUUCUUAGACACAUUUGGUAUCGGCAACAGAGGGGGAGCGUGGGCUCACUUCGCAAGGUGGAAUUUUUCUGGGUUUGCCGCGACGCACCUUCGUUUGGAUGGUUCCAAUCCCUUCUUCACGAAAUCGAACUCUCUCAGUCCGACCCAAAUUUCCUCCGCAUCAACAUCUACUUGACACAAAAGGUCAAAGAGAAUAUGUUCUGGAACAUAGUAGUUAAUGAUCCUGGUGCGGAGUACGACCCUCUCACCUUGCUUCAUACUCGCACUAUGUUUGGACGUCCCGACUGGAAGCGCAUUUAUCGUCGCAUGCAAGAAGCCAUCGAAUUCGGGCAGUAUCUUCCUGGUCGCGAAGCUCAAUUAAGGACUAGAGUCGGUACAUACUUCUGUGGACCCAGCGCUCUCGCCGCAGCCAUCAAGGAGGCUACCCAGCAACGCACCACUCAGAGUGUUGCAUUUUCCUUUUCAAAGGAGCAUUUCUGAUUCACAAUCUGAAUCUGUGUAAUGUUACUGUUAAUUACGGUCGUCAAAUGUAUCUCUAUACGCUGCAGCUUAAGCUGCCUGAUGUAUUGAUAAUGUCCUUCAACGUCU